CCCCGCCAUGGCCGCGGCCGCCGCGCGCUCCCUCUCCGGGCCCGGCCGCCGGGCGCUGCCGCUGGUGGUGAUCCUGGGCGCCACGGGCACCGGCAAGUCCGAGCUGGCGCUGCAGCUGGGCCUGCGGCUGGGCGGCGAGAUCGUCGGCGCCGACUCCAUGCAGGUGUACAAGGGGCUGGACAUCAUCACAAACAAGAUCUCUCUCCAGGAGCAGGCUUUGUGCAGACACCACAUGAUCAGCUUUGUGGAUCCCUUGGUCUCUAACUACACUGUGGUGGACUUCCGGAACAAAGCAGCGGCCCUGAUUGAAGAUAUAUUUGCUCGAGAGACGAUCCCAAUUGUUGUGGGAGGCACCAACUAUUACAUUGAGUCCCUGCUCUGGAAGGUCCUUGUCGAUACCAAGGAACAUUCGCAGAGGUUUGACUUGGGCGGGCUGAUCUGUGCCCCACAGGAGAAGACCAGCCCUUCCCCUGGGCACGCAGCCGACCGGAGGGUGGAACUGGAGCAGCUGGACGGCCACGAGCUCCAUUGCCGGCUGAGCCAAGUGGACCCGGAAAUGGCUGCCAAGCUGCAUCCCCACGAUAGGCGCAAAAUGGCCAGAAGCCUGCAAGUAUUUGAAGAAACCGGGAUCCCCCAUAGCGAGUUCCUGCAUCGGCAGCGAGAGGAGGAAGGUGGGGGCCCAUUGGGGGGGCCCUUGAAGUACCCAAACUCCUGUAUCCUGUGGCUUUAUGCAGACCAGGCAGCUUUAGAUGAGCGGCUGGACAAGCGGGUGGAUGACAUGGUGGCAACGGGGCUCCUGGAGGAGCUGCGGGACUUCCACCAGCGUUACAACCAGGAGAAGGUGGCCGAGAACUGCCAGGAUUAUCAGCACGGCAUUUUCCAGUCGAUUGGCUUCAAGGAGUUCCACGAGUACCUUAUCACGGAGGGGAAGUGCCCACAGGAGACCAGCGCCUUGCUGCUGGAGAAAGGGAUCCAGGCCCUGAAACUAGUGACGAAGAGAUACGCCCGGAAGCAGAACAAGUGGGUCCGAAACCGCUUCUUGAGACGCCCUGGACCCAAUGUGCCCCCAGUGUAUGGGUUGGAGGUGUCUGAUCUCUCACAGUGGGAUGAGAAUGUGUUGAAACCUGCCCUUCAGAUUGUGGAGAGCUUCAUCCAGGGGCGGCAGCCAUCGGCAGACCCUGUAAAGAUGGAGAGCGAGAUAAAGGAGGACAAACGGAGUCAUCACAUGUGUGAACUCUGCAACAGAGUCAUCAUUGGGGACAGAGAAUGGGCAGCUCACACAAAAUCCAAGUCCCACCUUCGCCACCUGAAGAAAAGACGGAAGCUGCAGUUGAAGCUCAGUGCUGUGGAGAGCCGCGUUAGUGUCACAGAGACUCAAGGAGACCGUGAAGGGACAGAGCACUUGGGACAGGGCAGAAACUAGGCUCAGUUCUGCAUCUGCCAACCAGCUGGGGAGCAGGGUCAGCAGCUGUUCUACCCCUGAUGGGAUCAAGAUUGAAUGGAGCAGAGCACAGGAAGGAUCUGGGGAUAAGCUGGGUGUCUUGCUUUCAGCAUCCUGCUGCAGGCAAGAGCGUAUCGCCUUCACCCGGCACGAAUGGGGCGAGGAUCCCCGAACUUCUCCAGCCCAGCCUGAAAACGGCUGAACCUCCAAGCAAGCGCCUCAGGAGCAACCGAGCUGAGUUGUGUUUUUAAUUCUAGGCAGUGACACAGCAUCCCAGCCUUGGGGUUUGAUCUAGUUUGCGGGCAUUUGAGUGAGGCGUUCUCAGGGACAGAAAGGCUGUGUUCAUACCAGCCUUGGCCAAAAGAUUAGAGCCACAUACUAGUGAAUUCUCACUACCUUGAUUUAUUUUUUAUGGAGGCUUUUUUUUUUUUUUUACAUCUAAAUAAA